UCAGCUCAUCUGGAAUAUGUGCUCCUCUUGCCCCUCAGGGAUCCGCUCCUGCAGGGAGCCUCGGAAUUAGUCAGAUGGUAUAAAUGUGUUAUAAGGAGAGGCUGAGCUCAGUCUGGCAAUUGCAGUGUGCACUGUUGGUCACUUGGUUAGAGGCUGGGGCUGAAGCACGUGUCACUGAACGCACAACGGUGCAUGGGGACAGUAAGGUAGGGAGCCAGCACCUUGGGGCUAGUAUAUUUUGCCUGUGAUGGUAUAUUUCUGGUGCAUUUCACCACCGCAGGGGAGCCAUGGGGAGGGACUGGUAUACCUCUGGUGCAUUUCUAGUGGCCACAGUGUCUUGGCAGUCCCACUCUAUGGAUACAGAUCUAUUGUUUCCGCCAUAAUCGUAAACUCGCUUCCAGUGAAGCGUUUCGGACCCGCUGCCUUUGCAGCUCACUACACUAGGUCUUGGGGAUUUUGUCGUUUCUGGCCGAGCCCAUGGGGCUGGCAGACCCAGGGCAGGAGCACUGUCUGAAUGGUGAUUCUCCAUCAGCUAUGUGUGUCUGGUGGCAAUUGAGCUGAGCUCCGGAGGAGGUUUCAGAAGGUCUGGUCUCUGUUCUGGGGUGGGAGGAUGGUUCCCAGGCCGACGCUGGUCCAGAGCAGUGCAGUGGCAGAAUGGGAGCUCAGUGGCUGCUGGGAGUAAUUAGAUAGACUUGGCUUGGGGAGGAAUUGGGUUUUUGUGUAUUUAUUUGUGCUGUAAAAUACCCCAAUUAUAUGAUUCUGAGAGCAGAAACCUUAUUUCGAACAUCUUAUGAAGCCUGUCAAGUUGACUGUAUUUUAAUUUUUUUAUUAAAACAACUUGCAAACAUCCCCAAACUCUGGACCCAGAGUCUCCUGGUUUUUCUGUUUUCAUUCUUGUGGAGGCCUGGCUCCGUCGGCAUGGAGGCAGGGUGAUGGAAGAACCCGAGCAGGUGCGAGUGGGGAGUGGAGCCUCUGCGGUCACCUGCAGUGUGGCUGUGGAGGAGAGAAGGAGCGUCCUCUGCUCCGGGAUAUAUAUGGGAAGGUGUAUAUGGGAGGGUAGCGCUGACGGAGUCAGGUGGGAGAUCUGGUGGCACAUAGGCGCCUGUAGCCUUGGGCAAGGCUGUCCCCUUGCUAGCCCAGUCUUAUGGUAAUGUUAUCUAAUGUAUGGUAAUGUUAUCUAAUGAUAAUAUUUCCUUGAGCAUUUCACUGUAAUGAGGCAUUCCUUCCAUUUCCCAGAGGACAACACCGAGCUGGGAGAGGGGGAUGGCGGAGUGCUGGAAGAGUCCAAGGGCCUUCUUGACACCCCUUCCCACUCGUGCAUGGGAGCCCAGACCCCAGUGGCCUCAGGGGCACCCUCUGAAUGCCCAGGCUCCAUACCACCUCUGCCAGGCCUCCCUUCCAGACCCCACCUCACUUCUGAGUCCAGCUGAGCAGAAGGAGGUGCAGCGUCAGGGAGGAUGACGGAGCGGCCGCCGAGCGAGGCGGCACGCAGUGACCCCUCGCUAGAGGGACGGGACGCGGCCGAGGCCCGCAUGGCCCCCCCGCACCUGGUCCUGCUGAACGGCGUCGCCAAGGAGACGAGCCGCGCAGCCCCCGCGGAGCCCCCGGUCAUCGAGCUGGGCGCGCGCGGCGGCCCGGGGGGCGGCCCCGCCGGUGGGGGCGGCGCCGCGAGGGACUUAAAGGGCCGCGACGCGGCGGCGGCCGAAGCGCGCCAUCGGGUGCCCACCACUGAGCUGUGCAGACCUCCCGCCCCGGCGCCCACGCCCGCCUCGGCCCCCGCGGAGCUGCCCGGCGACGGCCGCAUGGUGCAGCUGAGCCCGCCCGCGCUGGCGGCCCCCGCCGCCCCCGGCCGCGCGCUGCUCUACAGCCUCAGCCAGCCGCUGGCCUCGCUCGGCAGUGGGUUCUUUGGGGAGCCGGAUGCCUUCCCUAUGUUCGCCACCAACAACCGAGUGAAGAGGAGACCCUCCCCUUAUGAGAUGGAGAUUACUGAUGGUCCCCACACCAAAGUCGUGCGGCGCAUCUUCACCAACAGCCGGGAGCGAUGGCGGCAGCAGAAUGUGAACGGGGCUUUCGCUGAGCUCCGCAAGCUGAUCCCCACGCAUCCCCCGGACAAGAAGCUCAGCAAGAAUGAGAUCCUCCGCCUGGCCAUGAAGUACAUCAACUUUCUGGCCAAGCUGCUCAGUGACCAGGAGGAGGAGGGCACCCAGCGGGCCAAGCCUGGCCAGGACCCUGUGGUGGGGGCUGGCGGAGGUGGGGGAGGCGGAGGGGGUGGCGGGCCUCCAGAUGACCUCCUGCAGGACGUGCUCUCCCCCAACUCCAGCUGCGGCAGUUCCCUCGACGGGGCAGCCAGCCCGGACAGCUACACGGAGGAGCCGGCGCCCAAGCACACGGCCCGCAGCCUCCAUCCCACCGUGUUGCCCGCCACUGAUGGAGCAGGCCCUCGGUGAUGGUCCGGGGCCGCCCAGGACCAUCCAGGAGGGUGCCCGAGGCCGCUGGGCCGGAGGGCUUCAGGGCAGGUGGGUGAGGAUUGGGCAGCUCUGAAGCAGGGCAAUGGACUUGAGCUUUCCUUGAUGUCUGAACUUGGGCAGCCCUGACUGCCCUGGGGCUGGCUGACCCGGUUCCUGCCUCAGCAGGAGAACAGAAAAAUGGAGCGAAGUGGUAGGUACUUUUUAUGAAGACGGCACGGUCUUCCCCUUCCCCAAAUCCCGAAGACUUCUCAAGGAAGAGGCUUGAGUGGCACUGCUUUUGGCCUGGAGCUUGGGAGCCCUGUCUUGGCUGAGACCUGGGGUUGUCAGCUCUCGCCUGAGGCGUCCAGCAGCCUCUGCCGUGCCAUUAGCCCCUCCUGAGCGGGCUGGAGUGGCUUUUGUGGCCACUCCGUCCAAAUAUAUAGGUACCCAGUAGCUGCCCAUUCUUGAGCCCCGUCUUCUCCCAGGCCCACGUUGGUCCAUUCAGCUUGCCAGCUCCUGCAAAGUCAGGAGCUCGAGGUGCCUUCUUCAGGGCCUGGUUGAAGAAGACGGCCAGUGGACAGCCCGGUCUCGACUAGCAGGGCCAGAGGGUCAGAAAAGCCAGGAGCCCUUACUUCUUGCCCUGGGGAUCAAGGCUCUGCCUUCUUCCCACUGAGACUUGCCUUCCUGAUCCUUGUGGCUGCGGGGGCCGAGUCUGCAGCUGUGAGCAUGUGCCCCAUUGGGCUUCGUGCGAAGGCAGAGAAACGGGAAAAUGACUAGGGAGAAAUUGAGCCAGAGCUGUUUCGGGCACGUGGGCUUCCCAUCCUGGUGGUGUCUCAGAGCUGCCUGCCUGUGUUCUCAGCCGCACGCCACUGCUCGUGCAGUGAGUAAAUGCCGCUGUGCUGAAGGGCUGUGGUGACUGGCUGUGCAGCUCGUCUGUGCAUUCUCGGGGAUGCUUGGAGGGCCCUCCCUGCUGCAGGGUGUCUGUCUGCUGAUGGUCUGGUCUGUGUUCUGCUGAGCACUAUCUCUGUCCUGGUGUUCGGGACUUUUUUCCUGGCAUUUGGGAUUUUUGCUUGAUUUCAGUUAUUGGUGGGUUCUUUAGGUCCUGGUAUGCCCCAGGAUCCAGCCCUAUGUCUAGGGCAUGGGGAACCCGAUCAGAGCCCAGUUCCUGGCUGAGACCCCAACAGGUGCACAUUCACUUAGCAGAGUCUUAAACACCCAGCUAUUGUGCAGCUUUCAGUCAUCAAGUGUGUUUAUGGGAGGUGGGCUUAAUGCUACAGGAGUGUGCCCCUCCAAAAGUUGUACAUGAAAUUUUUGUAAAUCAAAUCCUUAUCCUUCAUCUUUUAAGGAAAUACUGCUGCAAGUCCUUUUGUAAAGUGAAGAAUCCUUUGUAGAGUGGCCUGCUGCCCCCUCGUUGAUCUGUGUCAAUCCGGAUGGUGGGACGUGGCUUUCUGAAGGCUAGGCCUGCCUGUGACCUGCAUUCUGAGCACAUGGAACCGAGUGCACACAAGUCCCAUAUACGCCAUUGUACCCUCAAGUCACCCCAGCCGUCUCCCACCAGGCUCUGCCCUUGAGGUCAGAGGGAAAACGAUCCUAUGGCCCUGCCUUGUCCAUAGCAAUGUAGGAAGAACCAUGGUUUGCCCUCGUCGUGAUGGGGCCUUGAGUGCAGCCAGCCGUACGCAGACGGCUGCUCCCUUCCUCUUCCUUUUAAGUUGUGGGGCCCAGUUCGUCGGGAUGGGAGCAACAGAGCUCUUGUAGCUCUGUGACUUUCCAUCCCACUUCAGCCCCCCAAAAUCUUAUUUUGAUGAACAUUAGGAUUGGUGCAUUUCCAAUACUUGGCAGCUCCUGUGGGAAGCCCAUCCGUCUAAGGAUGGAGCACCUGUCCUCGGUCCUAAGGCUGUGCUUGCUCCUGGGGGCUUAAGUUGACUUGGGAGUGACAGGUGGCUGCAGUGUGGGCGGGGGGCAGGCUUUAGGAGAUGCAUCACACAUUCACUCAGGAACUCAAGCUUCAGGCUUCCGCUUCUCUCAGACUUGCUGUGACCUGGAUAAGCUCUCGCUCUGAGUAUCGGGUUCUCAUAAAUACCCUGGCUUGGCCUGUCUCCUGGGACUGUGCUGUGAGCUGAAUGGAAUCAUGAAGGUAGAAGCAUUUUGAGACCGUCAAGAACUUUGUUGUCCUCAGUAUCAGUCCUGCAUUGGGGUUUCCCACCCUGAAUCCAGGACCUGGGCAGUGGGCUGGUCUGCCUGACUGCACAGCGUUUGGGUAAUUUAGGUUCUAGACCACUUUUGUCUGUGUUAUCUAGAUUGGCCUCAUUUCUCCAGAUUGACCUCAUUUCUGUCUCAUUCCCAGACAAGGCACAGGAGUGAGAAUGGAAAAGAGAUAUUGGAACAUGGGCAGACUACAUAAAACAUAAGAAAACUACUCCAAGUGGGCCUGGGUAGGGACGGGCAAAGCUUCAGGUCUUUGUAAGAACUAGAGAAGAUCCGUAAUUUUUAUUUUCAUUUCUAACACCCCCCUCCCUCCACCAUACCCUUCUCCUUUCUCACCCUGAAGAAAUGUCCACAUUCCAAGAAUAAUAUCUGUAAAAAAGGGGAAAAAUGUAAAGGUGAAGAAAACAUGACAUCAAAGAUGACUGUAAUGACUGGAGGGUAUCCCCUGUUUUAGGAAAAAGUCAUACUCUUUUUGUCUGUAGCGUGGGAAACGACAAGAUGGUACAACGUUUAUCCUUUUCCAAAAACACAACCAAGGGCACAGCAUCUAUAGUCAGCCGACAAACUAUCUCGCCUUUGGGGGGGUCUGGUCGUACUUGUGGUUCCGAUGGUACGUGGCCCCUUGCCCGAGGCUCGCCCCCUGCUGGUGUACAUGGCGCGUUGCCCCUGUGGGCGGGCCCAGCACUUUCCGUCGAUGUUGUACUGUACGUGAUGAAUUGCGUUGGUCUCUGUGUUUUUCUGCAGAAGAGGAGUGACCGUUCCAGGUACCUUCGCCUUUGUACAGCCCGGAGGCCGACACUGUGGGCGUGACUCUGUAGCGACAAAACCCAUGUGGUGAUGAUGUGUGUAUAUGUGUAUGAGGAUAUAUUGGGAAGAUUUCUAAAUAAAAGUUUUACAAA